AUGCCCCCCUUUCGCGCCGCACUGCGCCGGCGCACAGCGCGAGGCGGGGGAGGGGGCGAGAGGGGCGAGGCCCCCACGCAUGCGCACAGCCGCCGCCUCGCCUCCCCGCACCGCCACGGCGGACCCCGCCUCUCCGCCGCGCGGGGCGUGCCGGGAUCCGCGGCGGGUGGGGGGGGGUUGCAAAGGAGGGGGGGGAAAGGGGUGCGCGGGGCCUGGCGGGGCGGGGGCCUGCGUGGCGUAAGGCCACGAGGGGCUGGGGUGGGGGGGUGUCCGGGAAACGGACGGGGCGUCCGAGGGAAGGGGACGAGGAGCGGGGACCGCCGCAGCGGCGGACCCGGUUUUGGGUCCCAGUGCGGGUUUUGGGGUGGGGUGGGGUGGGGAGGGGAGGGGGAGGGGAGCCAUGACCCUGCGAUUUCCGCGCUGGGCCGCGUGUGCCGCUUCGAGCGCUUUCUGCAGCACCCCCCGCUGCGGGCUUGGGCAACCCUGUGGAGAGGAAAAAAAGCAGAUACCGCACCGCCCGUUCCUCCCUUCCCCCCGCCCGGCGCGGCGGCAGGAAUUCCUGAGCAGCGUCACCCGCCAGAUCCCCCCUUUGUCCGCCUCCCCGCGCCCUCCGCAGCGACCCCGCAGCGCGCCGCGUCCCGGCGCCCCGCCGCCCGGGACGCCCCGGUUUUCCACACGCGCGCCAUUCCCCGUUCCUCUGCCCGCAGACAGCGCGGCCCCGGUUUCCCCGGGCGCGGCCGCGGCAGCGCCUUGCCGGGCCUGCCCGAGCAGCUCCCGAGCACGUUUUACCGCCCCGAAAAAAAAGAAAAGACACCGAACUGGUUCGGCGGCUGCUCGGGGCACCGGGUGACCCGCGCCGCGCUCAGCAUGGCACCGGCGGACUCGCUUACCGACAUUCCCGCCGCUACCUUUAAUGGUUGCGCGUGAUGCGAGAGACCGGAGAGAACAAAUGCAGCCUGUAGCCUUCCUUAUUGAUGAGAUACACGUAAAUGGCUUUGUCAUGCAAAUGUGGCUCUAAGCCACUUUCAUAUAAAGCCAGCUUAAUGCCCAACAGCCAGUGACCCUCCCUCGUCCGUUAGGCAGCGUCUGCCCCGUCCUUGAAGAAACAGGGACGGCGGCGCUGGGGCAGAUGUUGGCUCCGGCCACCAUGCCGAAGUGGCUGGUACUAACUUUAGGCAGCAGCCGGCAGAGUGUGCUGUGAACGCUGCAAAAAGGACACCCCACUUCUGGGAUUUUUUUAAAUAUACGUACAUAUUUUAUAUAUCUAUAUAUAUAAACGCGGAUGAAGACAUCUUAAGUGGUUCAAAUAUCUGCAUGAGCAGUUGGUAGUUCCUCCUGUCAAUUACAAUACUGGUCUCGUCACAGAUCACAGAACCUCCUCCUUAAAAAUUAAUAGCCGAGUCAUACUAAACUGCCCGCUUCCAGCAAGAUUGCUUUUCAGUGUUUGUGCAAAGUUGGAAAGUCGCCACAAUGAACGUGUCCGGACACCUUUCACGGUCACAGAGAAGGGUCUGCAGCACGAGGUGUUUAAUAGAUGAAAAUUCAAAUUGUAAUCCUGGCCUACCGGAAGCAGCUUACGAAACGGAGCAGCAUGAGCAUACAUUUCUGCAGCCUCAUUACGCUCUCCUUUGGAUUUACCGACGGUAGAGUUACAGAGAGAUUAAUAAAUGCAUUAGAAGUAAGUAAAAUAGAAGUAGUUUUAAGCAAAAUGUUUGCUACGUGGCUUGGAAAGUUUCUGCUUGAAAAGUAAACACAACUUAUCUG